GGACGAACUCCGCUGUCAUGGGCUGCUGGAAAUGGGCACGAGGCGGUGGUUCAACUACUACUCGCGCAGGAUGCGGACUCCAAGGACAAAGACCGUCAGAGUCCGCUUUCAUGGGCCGUAGAGAUUGGGCACGUGACGGUAGUUAAGCUGCUGCUUGCGAAGGACGGCGUUGAUCCAGACUCCAAGGAUAACGACGGCCGGACGCCAUUCUACGCAUCUUCUUCAGCCGCUCGACGUCGUCGGCAACUGCCCCGUAUUUUUACG